AUGCCGUCGGACGCGAAGAAAAGGGCUCAGCAGAAGAAGAAGGAGCAAGCUAGCGGCAGAAACAAGAAGCCGGUGGUUCGUGUGACGAACGAAGACGAAAAUGGUAUCGGAACUAAUGGUAUAUCCAGGGAAGACCGUGAGCUGACGGCAGAAGAGGCAUUGUGCCUUAAGCUAGAAGCUGAAGCGAAAAUGAAUUCUGAAGCUCGUUCUUGUACUGGGUCACUGGCUGUGCACCCUCGUUCUAGAGAUAUCAAGAUAGCUAACUUUUCAAUUACUUUCUAUGGGAGUGAGCUACUUCAAGAUACUCUCCUGGAGUUGAAUUGUGGGCGAAGAUAUGGGCUAGUCGGACUUAAUGGGUGUGGAAAAUCAUCAUUGCUUGCUGCCUUAGGACGCCGUGAGGUUCCUAUUCCGGAACACAUUGACAUAUUCCAUCUGACUCGAGAAAUGCCUGCUUCAGAUAAGACUGCACUUCAGUGCGUCAUGGAGGUUGACGAGGAGAGAGUCAAACUCGAGAAGCUCGCAGAAAUGCUAGCCCACUGUGAAGAUGAUGAAUCACAGGAGCAAUUGAUGGAUGUAUACGAUCGUCUGGACGAUUUGAGCGCCGACACGGCAGAGGCGCGUGCUGCUAAUAUCCUGCAUGGUCUUGGCUUCACCAAGGAAAUGCAGCAGAAGGCAACGAAAGACUUCUCCGGAGGUUGGCGUAUGCGUAUAGCUCUGGCACGAGCGCUAUAUGUUAAGCCGCACUUACUGCUGCUGGACGAGCCAACAAACCAUCUCGAUUUGGACGCCUGUGUGUGGCUUGAAGAAGAACUUAAACACUACAAAAGAAUUUUAGUGUUGAUCUCGCAUUCGCAAGACUUCUUGAACGGUGUAUGCACGAAUAUCGUUCAUAUGAGUAAGCGCCGUUUGAAGUAUUACACUGGUAACUAUGAAGCCUUCGUUAGGACGCGCAUGGAAUUGCUAGAGAAUCAGAUGAAACAGUACAACUGGGAACAAGACCAGAUUGCACAUAUGAAAAACUACAUAGCGAGAUUCGGUCAUGGUUCCGCCAAAUUGGCGCGUCAAGCACAGUCCAAAGAAAAGACGUUAGCCAAAAUGGUGGCACAGGGUCUCACCGAGAAGGUGGUUGAUGACAAGAUACUCAAUUUCUACUUUCCGUCUUGUGGGAAAGUACCGCCACCCGUCAUCAUGGUGCAGAAUGUAUCAUUCAGAUACACUGAUUCUGGGCCGUGGAUAUACAAGAAUUUGGAAUUUGGCAUUGACCUUGAUACAAGACUUGCUUUGGUUGGACCCAAUGGAGCAGGCAAGUCAACGCUACUCAAGCUGCUUUAUGGAGAUUUAGUGCCUUCGACUGGUAUGAUCCGUAAAAACUCACAUCUUCGUAUUGGUCGUUACCACCAACACUUGCACGAGUUGUUGGAUCUCGAUCUGUCUCCACUUGAUUACAUGAUGAAAGAGUUUCCCGAGGUUCGUGAGCGCGAAGAAAUGAGAAAAAUCAUCGGUCGGUAUGGUCUCACUGGGAGGCAGCAGGUGUGUCCCAUGCGUCAGUUAUCCGACGGGCAGCGUUGUCGUGUUGUAUUCGCGUGGUUGGCCUGGCAGACUCCGCACCUGCUGUUAUUGGACGAGCCCACUAACCAUCUUGAUAUGGAAACCAUCGAUGCACUCGCAGACGCCAUUAACGACUUUGACGGUGGCAUGGUGCUCGUUAGUCACGACUUUAGACUUAUUAAUCAGGUGGCGAAUGAAAUUUGGAUCUGUGAGAACGGUACUACCACAAAAUGGGAGGGUGGUAUCCUCAAAUACAAAGAUCACCUGAAAUCUAAGAUAUUGAAGGAUAAUGCGGAUAGCGCCGCUAAAAUACGCAAAUAGUGACUACACAAUAGUAUAAUUAACCCACGUCGCCUCUGUAUCUUUAAUAUACUUGCUGGCUUUUCCUGCAGCUAAAUAUCAAAAAAAAACUGAUAAAAACAAAUUAAAUACAAACAGCCCUUGCCAUUCUCUUCCUCAUAUAUUCAAAUUUGCUGGUUUAUGUGUGCUGUCUUUUGCAAUAACCAUAUUAUAAUUCUACAUUUAUUAGUUACUCUGUAAUUAAAAGGGAAUAAAAGAGUUAUAUUUUCUCAGAAAGGAUCUAGUUUUCAAAUUAACUAUUGACGAUUGGUAUUUCUAAUUACAAUUACAUGACAUCAUAAUAUUAUGUGAUAACAGGUAUUUUGAUUAUAAUGUUAUUUAUCUGUAUUGAUUAUAAAAUUAAAAAGAUAUCUUACUAAGAAAUCUAUCAUUUUAGGUUAUCGCAACCGCAGUAGAUCGAUAAAUAUAGUAUUAAUAUAUUUUUUUCUACCUUCCCGUUAAGGUUAGCCAGCAGGGAUUACGUUUACGGAAAUUGGUAAAAAAUGCCUAUUGCAUUUUGUUACCUUGACGUAGUUUCCAACUAGGCUGUUACUUGUGUAUUAGUAGUUUUUGAUAUUCGUAUUCGCGUUUAUGCUGUCGCGUCUGUACAGCAAGCACACGUCGUUGCAAAUUUGAAAUCUCCUAUGCGUAUAAAUAUAUAAUAGUUUUCAACAUAAUCCAAUAAAACUACCUCCUGAAAAAUUAUUUAAACAAAUAUUUUUUUAGCACAUAGGAUACUAAUUGAUCUAAAAUAAAAUGCAAACCGACACUAAGGAUUUUUAAAGAUUGACGCGUAAUAAAGUGAAAUAUUGAGAUAUGGAUAUGGGAGUUUUUGCUGAGUUUAAGUAUUCAAAAUAACUUUCAUAAUAUAUGAAAACAUAAUUUUGGCCCAAAAUGUCACAUAGGUGAUUUUAAAUUUGCAACGACGUCUUGUAGUUUUUUACUGGCACACAAUUAUAGCAAUAAUAACGAUAAUAAUAAAAUUAUUACAUUACAUUAAUGGGCACUAUACUGUAAUGUACUUUUGCAUAUUAAUAUUUAUUUAUAAUAUAUAUUUGAAUUUUUGCGGACGUGACAUAAAUAAUUUUGUGAUACAUGUAAUUAUUGAUGGUAAUAGAAAAUUUUGCAAGUUUUAUACAAUUUGAUACAUUUGAGAAAUAAUUGUGAUACAUUUAAACCCGGACGAAACAAUUUUGAAGAUUUUGCUUAGAAUGUCAUUUCAAGGUCUGUUCGACACGCUAUCGGAGUAUAAUAAGUAGUAUAGCCGUUGUAAUUAUACUGAGACCUUAGAACUUAUACCUCAAGAUGGGUGGCGUAUUUACGUUGUGAAUGUCUUUGGGCUCCAGUAACCACUUAACAAACAGGUGGGCUGUGAGCUCGUCCAUCCAUCUAAACAAUAAAAUAAAUAAAAAAUAGUAUUAAUAUCCGGGUUUUACUGUAUAUAAUAAGUACUAACUAGCAUUUCUCUAAUUAUGACGAUUUACUGUGAUUUUUGUACCAAUGUUGGCACAGCAAUUGUUAAUCGAUGCUUAGAGAUGUAAUUGACUUUAUAAUGAAACGAAAUUAGCACGUGUAAUUGCAGUGUCAACUUUAAAGUCAACAUUUUGACGAUAAAAUAUUACUAAAGUAUUUAUUUUGUAAUAAUGAUGAAUUUUUGUUUUAAACAAUUCCAAGUCACACAAUAGGUUUAGUCGAGUGAACUUGUUAGAAUAUCAUCCCAUAUGUAUAAUAUCUGUAAGCUUGAUCUGAGGCAAAUUAAUAAAAUCAAUAAAAUGUCAAAACUAAUUUGG